CGCCGCGCCGCCGCUGAGGCGGGCUCCGCGUGCAGCCGGGCGGCGCAGGUGAGAGCGGCCGCGCCAUGGUGGACCCCGUGGGCUUCGCGGAGGCGUGGAAGGCGCAGUUCCCAGACUCCGAGCCACCGCGCAUGGAGCUGCGCUCGGUGGGUGACAUCGAGCAGGAGCUGGAGCGUUGCAAGGCCUCCAUCCGGCGCCUGGAACAGGAGGUGAACCAGGAGCGCUUCCGCAUGAUCUACCUGCAGACGCUGCUGGCCAAGGAGAAGAAGAGCUAUGACCGGCAGCGUUGGGGCUUCCGGCGCGCCGCGCAGCCCCCCGACGACGACGCCGAGCCUCGUGCGCCCGCACCGCGCCCGCCGCCCCCGCCCGCCGACGGCACCGACCCACCGCCUGCUGAGGAGCCCGAGGCCCGUCCGGAAGGAGAAGGGUCCCCAGGUAAGGCCAGGCCGGCGAGCGCCCGUAGGCCUGGGGCCGCCGCACCCGCGGACCGAGAUGACCGAGGGCCCCCCACCAGCGUAGCGGCGCUCAGGUCCAACUUCGAGAGGAUCCGCAAAGGCCAUGGACAGCCUGGGGCCGCGGACCCAGAGAAGCCGUUCUACGUGAACGUCGAAUUUCACCACGAGCGCGGCCUGGUGAAAGUCAACGACAAAGAGGUGUCGGACCGGAUCAGUUCCCUGGGCAGCCAGGCCAUGCAAAUGGAGCGCAAGAAAUCCCAGCAAGGCGCUGGAUCUGCUCUGGGGGAUGCGUCCAGGCCCCAUUACCGUGGGCGCUCUUCGGAGAGCAGCUGCGGCCUCGACGGUGACUAUGAGGAUGCAGAGUUGAACCCCCGCUUCCUGAAGGACAACCUGAUCAGUGCCAAUGGCGGCAGCAGGCCCCCUUGGCCGCCUCUGGAGUACCAGCCCUACCAGAGCAUCUACGUUGGGGGUAUGAUGGUGGAAGGGGAGGGCAAGGGCCCACUCCUGCGCAGCCAGAGCACCUCGGAGCAGGAGAAGCGUCUCACCUGGCCCCGAAGGUCCUACUCCCCCCGAAGCUUUGAGGACAGUGGAGGCGGCUACACCCCGGACUGCAGCUCCAAUGAAAACCUCACUUCCAGUGAAGAAGAUUUCUCUUCUGGACAGUCCAGCCGAGUGUCCCCAAGCCCCACCACCUACCGUAUGUUCCGGGACAAGAGCCGAUCACCCUCACAGAACUCCCAGCAGUCCUUUGACAGCAGCAGUCCUCCAACACCGCAGUGCCAGAAGCGGCAGCGGCAGUGCCAGGUCGUGGUGUCCGAGGCUACCAUUGUAGGUGUCCGAAAGACUGGGCAGAUCUGGCCCAGUGAUGGGGACAGCACUUUCCAUGGAGACACAGAUGCCUCGUUUGGAACACCACCUGGAUACAGCUGCGCCGCAGACCGGGCUGAAGAGCAGCGCCGGCACCAAGAUGGGCUGCCAUAUAUCGAUGACUCACCCUCCUCCUCCCCCCACCUCAGCAGCAAGAGCAGGGGCAGCCGGGAUGCUCUGGCCUCAGGAGCCCUGGAGCCGACCAAAGCAAGUGAACUGGACUUGGAAAAAGGCCUGGAGAUGAGAAAAUGGGUCCUGUCUGGAAUCCUGGCCAGUGAGGAAACUUACCUGAGCCACCUGGAGGCACUGCUGCUGCCCAUGAAACCUUUGAAGGCCGCUGCUACCACUUCUCAGCCUGUGCUGACCAGCCAGCAGAUUGAGACCAUCUUCUUCAAAGUGCCUGAACUCUAUGAGAUUCACAAGGAGUUCUACGACGGGCUCUUCCCCCGGGUGCAGCAGUGGAGUCACCAGCAAAGGGUGGGCGAUCUCUUCCAGAAGCUGGCCAGCCAGCUGGGUGUGUACCGGGCCUUUGUGGACAACUAUGGAGUUGCCAUGGAAAUGGCAGAGAAGUGCUGCCAGGCCAACGCUCAGUUUGCAGAGAUCUCUGAGAACCUGAGAGCCAGAAGCAACAAGGAUGCCAAGGAUCCAACGACCAAGAACUCUUUGGAGACCCUGCUCUACAAGCCUGUGGACCGGGUGACGAGAAGCACGCUGGUCCUCCACGACUUGCUCAAGCACACUCCCUCCAGCCACCCUGACCAUCCCCUGCUGCAGGACGCCCUCCGCAUCUCACAGAACUUCCUGUCCAGCAUCAACGAGGAGAUCACACCCCGCCGGCAGUCCAUGACAGUGAAGAAGGGAGAGCACCGGCAGCUGCUGAAGGACAGCUUCAUGGUGGAGCUGGUAGAGGGGGCCCGCAAGCUGCGCCACGUCUUCCUGUUUACGGACCUGCUCCUCUGCACCAAGCUCAAGAAGCAGAGUGGAGGCAAAACCCAGCAGUACGACUGCAAAUGGUACAUUCCGCUCACGGACCUCAGCUUCCAGAUGGUAGACGAGUCAGAGGCAGCACCCAACAUCCCCCUGGUGCCGGAUGAGGAGCUAGAUGCCCUGAAGAUCAAGAUCUCCCAGAUCAAGAGUGACAUCCAGAGAGAGAAGAGGGCAAACAAGGCCAGCAAGGCCAUGGAGAGGCUGAAGAAGAAGCUGUCUGAGCAGGAGUCGCUGCUUCUGCUCAUGUCUCCCAGCAUGGCCUUCAAGGUCCACAGCCGCAACGGCAAGAGUUACACAUUCCUGAUUUCUUCUGACUAUGAGAGAGCUGAGUGGAGGGAAAACAUCCGUGAGCAGCAGAAGAAGUGUUUCAAAAGCUUCUCCCUGACAUCCGUGGAGCUGCAGAUGCUGACCAACUCGUGUGUCAAACUUCAGACCGUCCACAACAUUCCACUGACCAUUAACAAAGAAGAUGAUGAAUCUCCUGGGCUCUACGGGUUCCUGAAUGUCAUUGUCCACUCAGCCACCGGGUUUAAGCAGAGUUACAAUCUGUACUGCACCCUGGAAGUGGAUUCCUUUGGAUAUUUUGUAAAUAAAGCAAAGACUCGAGUCUACAGGGACACAACUGAGCCCAACUGGAAUGAGGAGUUUGAGAUUGAGCUGGAAGGCUCCCAGACCUUGCGGAUAUUGUGCUAUGAAAAGUGUUACAACAAAAUGAAGAUUGCCAAGGAAGAUGGCGAGAGCACGGACAGGCUCGUGGGGAAAGGCCAGGUCCAGCUGGACCCCCAGGCCCUACAGGACAGAGACUGGCAGCGGACUGUCAUCGCCAUGAACGGGAUCGAAGUGAAACUGUCAGUCAAGUUCACAAGCAGGGAGUUCAGCUUGAAGAGAAUGCCUUCCCGCAAACAGACAGGGGUCUUCGGAGUCAAGAUUGCCGUGGUCACCAAGAGAGAACGCUCCAAGGUGCCCUACAUCGUACGCCAGUGCGUGGAAGAGAUCGAGCGCCGCGGCAUGGAGGAGGUGGGCAUCUACCGUGUGUCUGGAGUGGCCACCGACAUCCAGGCAUUGAAGGCAGCCUUUGAUGUCAAUAACAAGGACGUGUCGGUGAUGAUGAGCGAGAUGGACGUGAACGCCAUCGCCGGCACCCUGAAGCUGUACUUCCGCGAGCUGCCCGAGCCCCUCUUCACCGACGAGUUCUACCCCAACUUUGCCGAGGGCAUUGCUCUUUCAGACCCUGUUGCAAAGGAGAGCUGCAUGCUCAACCUGCUGCUGUCGCUCCCAGAGGCCAACCUGCUGACCUUCCUCUUUCUGCUGGACCACUUGAAAAGGGUAGCUGAGAAGGAGACAGUGAACAAGAUGUCACUGCACAACCUCGCCACCGUCUUCGGCCCCACACUGCUCCGGCCCUCAGAGAAAGAGAGCAAGCUCCCUGCCAACCCCAGCCAGCCCAUCACCAUGACUGACAGCUGGUCCCUGGAGGUCAUGUCCCAGGUCCAAGUGUUGCUGUACUUCCUGCAGCUGGAGGCCAUCCCCGCGCCAGACAGCAAGAGACAGAGCAUCCUGUUUUCCACUGAAGUCUAAAGGCCCAGUAUUGUCUCCUUAUGCAAGGCCAGCAGAAGUCUAGAAACCUGUGGUGAAAUGGGCAGAGCGGGAACCAAACCUUCUCGAGGUGUACUUGGGCCAUUCCCAAGAGCAAGGCUGUCGGCCAAGAGAAGUACGAAAAGCAGGACAGGUGGCCUGCUCAAAUCUGUGCCCGGGAGGUUUGCAAUGGCGGGCUAGCCUUGGGAACUGUGGUUUUCCAUACUGCCACCAGAGGGCGCCUCCAGCAAGCAUGUCUCCACAUGUAGGCCUGGCCCCAGGGAGAGGCAGGCAAGGGAGUGGUUUUUAUGAAUUUAAUUUAUCAGAAUUUAAAGUAUUUCUACUGGAUCACUUGUCAAGAUGCAUCCUCUCCAAAAAUAAGGGAACACCACCAGAUUCCCUCCCUGUCGUGUCUUGAAUAAAGGCUGCUACUGCUUCAUACUGGGAGGCGGGAGGGCAUCUUGAUUUCCCUGAUUUAGAAAUUCAGCUCCGUUUGUAACAGCGUUUGAGAAGCUAAGUCAACACUGGUGUAGUAUUUUGACUCUCUUCACAGCUUGCUUCUUUUUCUUUGUAAGAUUUCUGUGCAGAAAUGGCCCAUUUCCUGCUCUUUCCUGUUGCUUUGUGUUUGCUACUUGUAUGCUUCUCGGAGAUCAGUUCCACCUGCAGCCAUGAAAUGCCCAGGAACUAGAUACCAGGGAACGGAAGCUCAGGCCACCCACCUUACGGUUCCUUCUCCAGGGGGAAUGACGGCGUCCAUCGAUCCUUACUGCCUGCCUGGCACCCACUCUCCUUUUUGGCUUAAAAGAAAGACCUUGGUUUCCUCUGCUUUCCUCUGCCCGUGCUGUCUUUUCCCCUGCCCCGCACAGAUUGCUUCAUUUCCUUCCUCCCAGCUGAACAGACUCAGUUAACUUUUAUAAAAGUUUCCUCUCCGCAGCAGCAGCUUGCUGACAGCUUAUUUUAAAACUUUGAUCCGAAAUAGCCUUUUGAUACUUGAAUAUUUUUAAGUUUUAUACAUAGUUUCUAAUUUUUUUCCUAACAGAUUCAGAUACCUAAUAAGAUAUUAGAAUGUACUUUGUGGACAAACCAUGUCCUGGAAGCAUUUGUCUUCCUCUAAGCGCCAGCUCUGUUUUGAUCUGGAGUCAUUUCUGAUGUCUCUGAGCAUCGGACACGGGGGUGGGGGGGCUCCUACCCCACAGCAGGAGGAAAGAUAGGAUGCCUGGGGCCUGCGCUGCCCGUGCUCCCUGCCCCUGUGCCAGAGCUGACCACCAGCUUGGAGAAAAGAAAACUAGGGAAGCCAUCAAGUAUUUUUAAGAAGCAAACCCAUGAAUAGUUGCAUCACCCUUUUAAAGAGGGGCUUGGGGCAGGGGACGGAAGACAGGAAAUAGAAGUAAUCCCCAUGCUGGUCCUGCAGGGGAUGGGAUGCUGCCAGCCACGGCAGGGAAGCAGGGCAGGGACUCAGGAAAUGUAUGUUGGUUGUCACAUAAAGGCAUCAGUACCCGGUGGGACGCUGUCCCAUGACCCUUCUCAUGUCUGGGGAGGACGACGUGUCAGUGGGCAGCUUCUACCAAGCCUGCAGCAUGUGAGGAAAUCCCUGGCAACCAGGGGCCACGCAUCCUGCGCUGUUCCCGCUGCUCAUGACGCUGCCGAGGCGGCGGGCAGAGCACAGUCACUGACGGUUCUCCAUCUGUGUGCGGUGUUCAUUUACUUGUGCUUUUUUUGUCAUGGAAAGCAGAGCUGCCCUGCUGGGCGGUGAGGCCAGAGACAGCCUCUGCCUCUGCACAUUUCUCGGCCUAGGGCACCUCUGGCCUUGCUGCCCAUACCCGUCUGUCUCAGCAGCCCUGCCAGGGGAGCACAUUUCGCUUAGGAAAGCCCAGGCCUUGUUUCUGUCCCCUCUGGUGUCUCCUGAUUUGCGUCUGUCGCCUUGAAACUGGAAAGCAAUAUUAUCAGUGUCUGUGCCAAUUCUCAUUCCCUCGCCCACCUUCAUCCUCUUAUUUUUUAUUUAUAUAGGAUGUGUGCUAUUUAACAAUGGAAUGACCACUCUCUCUUGUGUAAUGGUAAAUGCGCUCCUCCACCACCAGGCCGUGGUGCUGGUGGUGGCUUUGGAGCUGGGGCUGCCCCCUCAAGCUGUCUCAUGCCUAGCAAGCCUGUGGGUUGGCAAAGCCAGCAUGAGACAGGAGAAAAUAGUGUUCUCCAGGAGUGGGGAGGGCUCAGCCCUCCUCUGCAAAGGAGGUGAAGGCCCAGAGCCCAGUGCGACUAUCCACAAUGCUGGUGGCCGGACUUUAAUGCAAGAAGUGCUGUUUUCUUGCCUCGGGGCCUGGGAGCGGCAAGCUCCAAUUCCUGGCGGCAGCCUGGCCUAACCCCCAGUGGGUGACUGGUCUCUUAGCAGCUGUGAUCCUGUGUUUGAGUUCAGCUGUGUGUGUACCACCAUGGGGGAAAGGACUGCUGACACUUUUAUUAAAGUUACCUGAGACUACUUGA